AUGCAAGUGAAAAACUGCAUUGAGAACGUGAACCGUGAUGGAAGCUUCUCAUGCCACCGAACCUCUACAGGCAAGAGGGGUCCAACUGACACAUAUGGAUGUACACGAUUUCAGCCAGAGCUACCCCCAGAAGAAAGUGAUCACACUGUGGAGCAGCACCGCCAGAGACUGGAGGAGAUCUACAGGCAGGAGGGUGCAGGUGGAGCAGAAAGAGCAGAAGUUAAAAAUCUAAUGAAGCUCACAUUCUCUCUACAACGCUGCCAUAUAAAUACAAUUCCACCACCUGACAUUGAAGAUGUGAAAAGCAAAUGGCCUUUUCUUUUCAUGCCAAGGUAUAUAUACGCACAUUUUGAGUUGCUCACAGACAUCAAUGUGCUUCGUAGCUUGGAACUCAGUAUGGAGAAAUGUGGAAGAGCCAUCACAGAAUACUUCAGGGGAAAACCUACCAACAAAGAUGUCAAGGAUAUCCUCUCUAAUGGUGAAGAUAAUGAGAUAGCACUUCGUGUUGUUCAGCUGCUCAUGGCACACUUUGGAGAGGACCUAACCGGGCUGAUCCUUCUUACAGAUGUGUCUGCCACUGCAGCUGACGUUGAGACAACUCUCAGUCUUCCUGCAAGUCCUCGCCUGAUACUGCCUGGUAUACAUUUCAUUUAG